AACAAACUGACCCCCAUACCAUCCCGUGUACGCAUUGGGGUGUUCCGCCUUAUCGUCUUAUCUUAUCUCGAUGUUGCCGAGAAUUGGCCCAAACCGAACGUAACUUAGCCCUUCGGUCCGAGGACAGGUGCCAUUGCAGUCGCAAACGUUCGGUGUUGUUCGCGCACAAUUUUAAGCAUCUUUUAACGUUUUGAAAAUCCAAGUGAAGUUCCAAGACAUAGUGUUUUAACGAUACUUGAUCGGGAGUGCCGUGAGUGAAACUGUGGCUUGGUUGGUGGAAACUCGAUUGAACCGAAAAAAUGGCACGCGGUGAGGGUAAAGGUGAAAGUGUGGCCAGGCUGUCGAAUCAAAUCGCCUGCAUCAAGUACACGCUGUUCUGUUUCAACAUCGUAGCAUGGAUUGUUGGUGCAGGACUUUUUGCGUUUACCAUCUUUAUUCGGGCAGAGCCCGGGUUCGAUGAGUGGAUCGCGAUCCUGGAGGUGUACGAGUACUACAUCGGAGUUUACAUAUUGAUUGGUGCUGGAGCGCUGGUGAUGAUAUUCUCAUUCCUUGGCUGCUGUUCAGCACUGAUGGAACAUUCGUCUGCCCUAUAUCUGUUCAUUGGUACGCAAGUUUUCCUGUUCCUGCUUACAGUCAUCGGAUCUGCCAUCCUGCUGGAUUACUCGACGAUGAACUCCAGCAUUCAGCCGCUAAUUCGGGAGACUAUGCUUCGCUUCAUCGUCACCUCGGAGCAUCCGCACUCGUCAGCCGCACUGAAGCUGAUCCAGGAGAGUAUUGGGUGCUGCGGUGCGGACGGACCGAACGACUACAUGGUGAUGCGUCAACCGUUGCCGCUCGAGUGUCGCGAUACCGUCACCGGUAAUGCAUUCUUCAACGGGUGCGUCAACGAGCUGACAUGGUUUCUGGAGGACAAAUCCAUUUGGGCCGCCAUCAUGGCAAUGAUACUGGCUGCCGUCCAUACUUGCAAUGCUGUGCUGGGCAUUGUGCUCGUUCAAGCUCUUCGGCGCGAGGAAGAAGCCAUGAAUCGGCGCUAGGCGGCGCAGAGCAACCAAUGCAACCAACAGCAUGAACAACAGCAACAAAAUCACAAUCCCCAAAACCCGGUCCCAGGAGCAUAGAGCUAUGACAAGCUAGCAAAAGGAUCGUUGUGUCCCAGUAUUCGAAGGCCAGAGCUAUCUUUUCAACCCUUUUUUACACACUUAUUUUACAUCGCCUGUACAAGGUGCUAGUGGUUAAUCGAAACAAUGUCAGCAAUGUCACCCUUACUAAGCAGGUUCGGUGUAUCGAUAAUAAAUAAAGGAUAGGUUUAGAUAAACCAGAUGUUUAA